CACAUUUAAAGAUUCUAAAAAUAAGUUAACAUAAUUAGGAUUUUGUAUAAUAAGUUUUGAUCAUUUACAUUAUUUGCAGUCACCCAAGAGAUGAUGAAAAGUUUACUUAUACUAGCAAUACUUGUUGGACCACUUACUUCUGUGUCAGCUGUUGAUAGUAUAGAUGGAAAUUUGUUAGCCGAAGAAUUGCGAAAGAUAAAGAAAGGCAUUGGUGUGGAUUAUUUGCAGGACGAAUUUAAUAAAAUUCCUUACGUACAAAUACCAGGCACUGGAAAUGAAACAUUGCAAAGAAUACAAACAAAUUUAGAUACCGCCCUGACCAAUUUAAAUAAGGUUUUAGAUAGCGUGAAAGCAAAAAUUGUGUCAGUUAAUCAGGACAGUUCUUCAACGACUCUUCCGAAUUGUUGUGAUUUAUCAGACGAUAAAUUUACGUACGCACUAGAGUUUCAGAAAAAGGUAGAUUUUAGUCAAGCAUGUGUAACCAUUUCUCCAAUCAAAACAGAUAACCUAAAAUAUCCGACCGAUUUAAUAAGUGAUAUAAUGAAGAAGGAUUACCAAGACAACAAGAAUAUAUUGUGGCAGCAUUACAGUACGAGAGAAGGUGUAUUAGUCUUAUAUCCUGCUACGAAGUUGGAUAACUGCAAGAACUUUGAUCCAAGAUUUACGACUCCAUAUGCUUCAACAGCUUCUCCUUCGGAUAAAGAUGUCGUGAUUGUUAUUGAUACCAGUGCGUCAAUGAGACAAUCUUCUGCCGUCACACCAAAAACGAAAAUUGUCAUUGCUAAAGAAGCGGCAAAUAAUGUCAUUCAGACUCUUAAGCCUAAUGAUAGGGUUGGAUUGGUAACAUUUAACCAAGAUGCAUUUUCUCCUUCCGGAAAUUCAUAUCAUUCAUGUUAUCACAGUGAGAUGGCAUUUGCUACAAAGGAAAAUACAGACAAGCUUAAGGAUUAUGUCUUUUCCAUAGACACUGGAAAUGCAGUUUCAAACUUUGAAAAAGCUUUAGUUGCUGCUUUUAAGUUUUUCAAUUCCUCAGAUGAAGUUAUUACAGUUCAAAAUAGAGAUCAAGUAAUUCUUUUCGUCACCGACGGCAAAUCGACAUCCGGUAUUGAUCCUGUACAAGUAAUCAGUACUGAAAAUGCAAAACUUCAAAACAAAAUUGCAAUAUUUACUUACCUGAUUGGACAAGAUGAAUUAGCCAAAAUUCAGUUACAAAAUAUGUCAAGUCAGACCUUACAUAACUCGUCCUAUGGACCGAAGCAAAUUGGACAUUUCGAAUACUUUGAUUUUGCUGAAUCCAAACAGAAGUUACUUUCUGUCAAAUUGGCAACAUUUUAUGAACAUUUACCUACUAGUGGCCAGUCUGAUCAGUCAACCUUUACAUCACCAUAUGUCGAUCCCUUUUCCAAAAUUGGAUUGAUUACUUCACUCUGUCGUACUGUUAAGGUAGUCUCGGGGUUUCAUGGAGUAAUGUGUACUGAUGUAAAAAUCAGUGAACUGUUGACUGAGAUAGAAUACUUCUCCGAAGAAGAAUAUUCCUAUGGAUUUAUGAUAGAUGGAACUGGGAGAGUUUUGAUGCAUCCAUUGUUACCCAAUGCAGCUUUUGUGAAAUCUUCUGAAGAUCCGGUAUUAGUUGAUAUAAGUGUUCUUGAACGUGCAGCAGAAGCACACUCCGUUAUUGAAUCCAUGAAAAGCGGCGGAGAAGGAUCAAAAGUUUUUAAUAAGUUCUUCAUAAAGCCACGUGGAAAACUUCUAAAUGACGGCAGUAAGGAUGUAAAUCUUAGAGCACAUUUGUUUUGGGGCCCGAUACCUCAGAGUAAUUUUUCUUUGUGUAUUGUUCUUGUGGAAGAAUCGUACUUCGAAAUCGACGAAUCAAAGUUCAAUACAGAUAAAAGCAAUGUCUUUAUGUUCCAUAAUAGAAAUCUUACGAGGGAUAACUUUGAAAAUUGUAAAUUCUACAGAAGAAGAGCUACAUUAGCUCACAGUUCUGUAAAGUUCACACCGACUGCUUUUGAGAAUCCAUUUCAAUUUAUAGACAGAGAUGAAACAGCCGAGGAUGUCACGAAAUAUAAAAAUUAUAUCACGUCGACAUCAAGUAAUCCAGGGUUUAAGUCAACCGUUCGAUCAUCAGUUUGGGCUACUUAUAAAGCAGAGCAGUUCUGGAAGGAACAUCCAGCCACUUAUGUAUCAUGGCGGUACAUUGGUACAAAGUCAGGAAUCAUGAGGACAUAUCCGGGAAUAGUGCUGCAUAAAAACUUUGACCAUGAAAAGAGACCUUGGUGGCGUCAGGCUUUAGGACAUCCAAACACUAUGUAUCUUACCACUCCGUAUGUUGACGGCUGGGGAUCUGGAAUAGUGCUCACAUUUAUACAUACAUUACACAAAGCAGGAACUGAUGGACUUGGCGCAGUAACUGCCACAGUCGCUGCUGAUUUCCCGUUACAGUACUUCAAUUGGUUUAUUAAUAAUAUUUAUCCCACAUGUGAUGACGGGAACAGAUGUAUCAUUUUAGAUAAUAGUGGAUUUAUUGUCAUGCAUCCAAGACUUAAGGACACGACAGAUGAAUCUGAUUUCCUUGAACCUAAACAUAUUACUGUCGAGGAACCUGGUAUUGCAGACAUGUUGACCUCUAAAGGAGUGCUGAAUAGCAAAGAAUGCCAAGAUUUCUCCGUGAACACAAAUCUUCGAUCAUAUAGGGUGACCAUGCCAUCGGGAUUCUCGGGUGGAUUGGACUUGAAGGAUACGGACGAUAAAUUUGAGAUAAGACCAGUUACUGACAGUAACUUGUUUAUUAUAAGAUUCCAGUCGAAGCCAUCAGGCAAUUGUGUUUGUUAUGGAUCAAAGUCCCCAGAUGUAGUUGAGUGCGAGGAUAGCUGCGACUGUUUGUGUCAUAUACCAAUUACAUAUGACGUUUGCUCUAACAAAUAUAACACCGCAUCCGCUCCAUCACCAUGUAGUGCAAGAAUCCCUGAUACAUCUGGUAAAAAUCCCCCUGAUAAAACUGAUGGACUGGAAGCAUGCUAUACACCAACAUGUCACGGGAAGACUUCAAAACAAGACUGCUAUAGCGAAGCUGAGUGCACGUGGUGCGAGUAUACAGACAUUGGACAACAAAUUGCUACGCCAUGUUGUAGACUGAAAGAAGAUUGCUACUUUGGUAAAACAACACAAAAAAAUAGAGAUACAUGUGCACCGAUAUCUACCAAGCCCCCUAGCUCAGGCGAAAGCUCAGGCGAAGGCGAAGAAGGUAAAACUGGUUGGAUAGUUGGUGGAUCUGUGGUAGCUGGAAUAGUACUUACUUUGAUUGUGUUUGGUGGUGUAAAGUAUUACAGACAUUGUGAAACAGAAGAUCAAGUAGAUCCAUAUAUAGAUGCUGUUCCUGAUCGUGGUGAACUUCCUCAAUACACAGAAAGAGAAGAAUGCACCGGUGCAGAAUCACCAGACAAAUUCAGUGAUAGGGCUGAUCAAAAUUUUUACAGUCAGUCAAAUAAAGGAUUUUAAUGAGAUAAACAAUACAUUAUAAUUAACAAUCACAAUAUUUAAAAGUAUGUACUUGUCCUUAUUGUUCACAGCUGUCAUUCAGUUUAACUAGAAAUAUUAUUUUAAAUGAAGAAGCACGGUUGUCA